AUGUCUUCGGCAACGACGUCAGGGAGUUCUUCGGCAUCGUUCACGUCAUCGUUAUCAUCGUCAGGGUCGUCCAUACCGUCUGCUUCACUCUCAAGUGACAGCUCGCUCCCUUCUGUGACAACGACCACCGCACCUACGACUACCAGCUUCACUCCUGGUGGCGGUGGUGGUGGAUUUGGCGGCGGCGGCGGAGGCGGAGGUGGAGGCGGAGGAGGAGGCUUCAACAACGGCUCGCUAGCGACGAGUGCAUCACUUUACCUAUACACCUUCCUAGCCACGCUAGUGCUUCUGUUAUCUGUCUCUGCUGCCAUCGUCGCCCGUUCCUAUGUCCUCAGACGGCGACAUCGGCAGAUGGUUGAAGAGGCGAUCCGGAAUGGUACCUGGGUCCCGCCAGCGCCCGCCAACACCUCCCGAUCGCCUCGAGUCGACCUCAGCAAGAAGCCCAUUCUGUGGGAAGCGUACAUCGGGAAAGACGGUGGGGUUGUGGGGUACGGCAAGGAUGGGGCGUUGUACAGCGCAGGAGGAGUAGGUGGCGAGAAGAUUAGCAAUGCUUGGAGGGCAGAUUCUAGCGCCGUCGAAUGGGACACCAUCAGACCGUUCUCCGCCGCAUAUGUUGGUCCAGAGAGUGAUUCCCCGCCUCCAGCGACCCCGAUCCCAGUUCCAACGACAACGUCCCUUGCCAACGAACUCUCACCCCGGCUGACUGCAAGAGAACGGACACGCAGGAUCUUCUCCCGUGUAGCUCAGGCGUUCAACCCGACUCCCGUGCAGACCUCACCGUUACCUGCACCCGUCGUUGCUGGUCAGCGAAUGGGGCUGAACUCAAGAACGCCGUCUAGCAUUGGGCAAGGAAAUAGGUCAACAGCGGACAUACCGAUGACGGAACUGCCGGAAGGUAGUGAUACGCCUUCGACGAUGCGCGUUGCGGUGCUGAUCGCUAUGCCUUCACGAUCUACAUCGCAAGCCUCGUCAUCACGACCUUCUUCUGCAACUGGAUCGCAUCCGACACUUGAAUCAUCACAUCCCUUAGAGGCGACGCCGCAAAUCCAGUCAGCUUCACGGGACAAGGAUGAAGAAAAGCCACUACCGCACCUUGAGGUAGGCGUUGCUGAAGUUGUGGUGGUUCCGGAGCAUAGCUCGACUAGUGGGCUCGAUAUCAAUCGAAAAGGGAGCCGGGGAUCAGAGGACUCAGGUUGA